AACAAGAACUAGCAAGAGCUUGAACAGUAAACACCUAGGCUUAGACUGGAAGACAGUGUGCUUGCCGACUCUCUCGUUCCUGAAAGUUGCUCUGGAGCUGUGAUUAAGAAAAACAGAAUAAUUCUGAAAGAAAGAAAAAAAUGAAGCGAAACAUUCUCCUCAUUUCCUAAUAGAACUUUUCACCUAAAACUACAAUGGUGAGUGAGAGCCACCACGAGGCGCUGGCAGCCCCUCCAGUCACCACUGUGGCCACCGUGCUGCCACACAAUGCCACUGAGCCAGCCAGCCCUGGGGAAGGAAAGGAAGAUGCUUUCUCUAAGCUGAAAGAGAAGUUUAUGAAUGAGCUACAUAAAAUUCCACUGCCACCAUGGGCCUUAAUUGCCAUAGCCAUAGUUGCAGUUCUCUUAGUCUUGACCUGCUGCUUUUGUAUCUGUAAGAAAUGUUUGUUCAAAAAGAAAAACAAGAAGAAGGGAAAGGAAAAGGGAGGAAAGAACGCCAUUAACAUGAAAGAUGUGAAAGACUUAGGGAAGACCAUGAAAGAUCAGGCCCUGAAGGAUGAUGAUGCUGAAACUGGAUUGACCGAUGGAGAAGAAAAAGAAGAACCUAAAGAGGAGGAGAAACUGGGAAAGCUUCAGUAUUCACUGGACUAUGAUUUCCAGAACAACCAGCUGCUGGUAGGGAUCAUCCAGGCUGCCGAACUGCCUGCCCUGGACAUGGGUGGCACAUCUGACCCCUACGUGAAGGUCUUCCUGCUGCCCGAUAAAAAGAAGAAGUUUGAGACCAAGGUCCACCGAAAGACUCUUAACCCUGUCUUCAAUGAGCAAUUUACUUUCAAGGUGCCCUAUUCGGAGCUGGGUGGCAAGACUCUGGUGAUGGCUGUCUAUGAUUUUGAUCGUUUCUCCAAGCAUGACAUCAUUGGAGAAUUUAAAGUCCCCAUGAAUACUGUGGAUUUUGGCCAUGUGACUGAGGAAUGGCGCGAUCUGCAAAGUGCUGAAAAGGAAGAGCAAGAGAAACUGGGUGAUAUCUGCUUCUCACUUCGCUAUGUACCAACUGCUGGAAAACUGACCGUUGUUAUCCUGGAGGCAAAGAACCUGAAGAAGAUGGACGUGGGUGGCUUAUCGGAUCCCUAUGUGAAGAUCCAUCUCAUGCAGAACGGCAAGAGGCUGAAGAAGAAAAAGACAACAAUUAAGAAGAACACUCUUAACCCCUACUACAACGAGUCCUUCAGCUUUGAAGUACCUUUCGAACAAAUCCAGAAAGUGCAAGUGGUGGUGACUGUUUUGGACUAUGACAAGAUUGGCAAGAACGAUGCCAUCGGCAAAGUGUUUGUGGGCUACAACAGCACCGGCGCGGAGCUGCGACACUGGUCAGACAUGCUGGCCAACCCCAGGCGACCCAUCGCCCAGUGGCACACCCUACAGGUGGAGGAGGAGGUGGAUGCCAUGCUGGCCGUCAAGAAGUAGAGGAAAGAAGCCUUUCUGCAUUUGCCCACAUAGUGCUCUUUAGCCAGUAUCUGUAAAUACCUCAGUAAUAGGGGUCCUUUCAUUUCCACAGCCAUGCAUUCCUAACACAAUUCAGUGGUACUUCAAUCCUGUUUUAAUUUGCACAAAUUUCAGUGUAGAGAGCCCCUAAACCCUUCAUCAUAUCACCGCCCUCCAAAUCUAAUCUUCUUUUAAGCAAUAUGAUGUGUAGAUAGAGCAUGAUGGAAGUUAUUUAUUGUAUCACACUGUUGUAUAUACCAGUAUGCUAAAGAUUCAUUUCUAGUUUGUGUAUUUGUAUGUUGUAAGCGUUUCCUAAUCUGUGUAUAUCUAGAUGUUUUUAAUAAGAUGUUCUAUUUUAAACUAUGUAUAUUGACUGAGAUAUAGGAGAGCUGAUAAUAUAUUAUAUGGUAAAUAUAGUAUCGUCUGCAUUCCAGCAAAAAUAUCAACUUGUAAGGCACUAGUACAGUUAACAGGACAUCUUAAAGGACAACUUAAAUCCAAGCUUUCUAUUGAGUCAUCUGAGUACCAAGAUCUGCUUAUACCACAUAACCGGGUGGAUAAAUCCAAUUUUGUAGAAUCUCUUCACAGGCAAAACAGCAUGGUCUCAGCAGCAGCCUAGCUGAGCUCAAGGAAGCAUAGCCACAAAGCAGAGUAGCAUCUGUUUGUACCUGUCUUGUAAAGCUCAAACCCCAGCUUCACUCUGCCAUUUGAGGAAGCCACUGGACAGGAGUCAGUGGGCUCGCAUUGCUGCAUCUAUAGUGACACUCUACAGUGUUCAGUGUGUAUGUGUGUGUGGGUGCAUUUUUAGGGGGGAGUCGAUGGAUGGGGGUGGAGGGAAAGAAGCUAAAAAGAGAAGUCAGCAUUUCUGAAAUGUUGCCUAUCAUAAAGAAAAAAAAAAAGUAGCUCUCCAUUAUCACCUUUAUACAAAAUGUGCAUCCUGUGAGUUCUGCUCCGGAUUUCACUCCUAUAAUAAUUCCAAAAAAAUUUGCACAUUAGACUUUGUAACAAAAAUAUUUUAUUACGCAAAACCUGACUAGAAGGAAUGCAGAAUAUUUUUAACACAGCAAUCUGUGCUUAUUACACAAAGCUACUUUGUGGUAAACAGACAGUAUUGUAAUCCCAUCUAAAGAUGAAAAAAUAAAUUUAGCCAUAGUCCUGAAUGCACUUCAAUUAAGCCAAAACAGACAGCUAGUGGUCUUUUUUAUAUACUCUUUUUACUUACAUAUGUUUUAAUUUGUCCUUUAACCAAGGUGAAACAAAACCAAGAACAAGUUCUAGCAAACUGAAGCAACCUCUUAUGUAUACUAGAUGCUUGAUUUAGGAGGCAUUUUUCAAUGUUUUCAAUGUUAUUCUGUAGUAAAUGGCACUAUUACAAAGCUACUAGUCAUUCCAUAAAGUCUUAAAGGACUGCUCUGUGUAACACUGUGACUGCCCUGUGUGCUUAGACACGUAGUUUCCUCAGUGGAUAGCACUCAAUUUAUUCCUUAGUGAUAUUGUAACAAUACUGCCAUUCCCUCUACUGCACUGCCCAAGGUGUGUGUAGCACAAACAGUUCUCAUUACAAAGGACCAAUUUGCAACAGAAAAGCUAUGCAUAGGACAAGAAAGAGGCAUAGAAUGGGGUGGGACACACAGCAUUUUGUCAAGCACUGUGCAAUACUUCAUAUUUUUUUCAUCCGCUAUGGCACACAAACCCCUCCAUGGAAGGGCAGCCUAUUAUCUUAGAUGGCAUUUAAUCUUUUAUCUCACUCUCUUCUGUGACCCACAUGAACCUUCAAGUCACACAGAGGAGUGAGGCUCUGAUGUCAAAGUUCAUGUUCAAAAAGGCUAAAGCAAAAUGGAGGGAAACCAAGCCUUGACCUCAUAUCUGGCCCUUAGAAUAUUAUAUCAUGUUUAUUUUUGGAAAAUUCAAGAGAACUCAAAAAGGACUGACAGAAGGCUUUGAACGUGGGGUUGGCUGUUUCCCAACAAGACUAGAAUUCUUGUCAUUAUUCUUUCUCAUCAAAGAGGCAAGCCCUUUCACCUCUCAGCCCAGUCACAGCAAACUGUUUAGGACUGGGAGGACAGACACAAAAGAUCAAAGAAAACCACCCCCUUCUGUCAAUGACCCAUACUCCUCAAAAGACAAAAACAACACACAGAUAACAGAAAAAAGUCACAAGUCAUAACUUGAGACAAAACAUUCCGGUGAACAGGAAAUUCAAAUGUGACUCCAAUACAAAGGACCAAACCCAACCAAAGAGGUAGAAUUGACCGACUUUUGAAAAUUCCUCAAAUACUAGAAAAUGACAUUUAAUGUCACUCUAUCCAGCUUUAAGUUGUUUACAAUGAAACAACCCUUUAUUUAGAAGCAACACUUUAAAACAAGCAGGUUCAUGCUGCCAUCCAUCAUUUCUUGCAUUACAGUACUACUAAUGCAUUCUCUUAUAACACUGCCAGACAUGGAACAAUCACCAUAGAACUAGCUGGUCACUAGUCAGUGACCAAACCUGCUUGAUGACCAAGACGCAUUCUCAGAUAAGCCACUUGUACCUUCCUGACAAAGCUGUGUAAAGUAUUAGAUUCUGAUGCUCUAGAGAGAUCCUAGUUGCCUUUGUGUAUAUCUAUUGCCUGCUUGAGUGUUUCUAUGUGUGGAUUUUCUCUGUAUCUCGUAGCAAUGUUGGGGUGUUUUCUGCCAUAUGGCUCGUGGCCCACGAGCCAACCCCUUUAGCUGUACUUUAUGUUCAAUUUUUGAUGAAGUGGUUUCAAUUUUGUUUCUCCUUGUGUAGUGAAUUCCACAGUGAUUUUCUGAUUGUUGUUAAAAAUUACUUAACAUAUUACAUGGAUAUUCAAUUAAAAUGUUUUAUUUCCU